GUCUCCGCUCUGCGUCGUGUUGCUGCCGUCCAGACGGUCCACAACGUGAACUCUGCCGCUUUUCCUGUUGGAACGCACGCGGAGGCAACUACCAGCAACAGUGCUGCCGCACCUUGCCAUCCACAAGCACUGCGAGCAGCCCGUGUCUAACGCCGUCGACAUCUGCAAAGACCCUCGGAACUACCGUGCCUCAACUUAUCGUUCGCCAUCCGGCAGACGAUUUGUGCGACAGCCCGACACCCGGCGUGAUUCUAGUUCAUGAAUGCAGGACGGAUCGCGUCCCAACCACGCAUGCGGUCGAUACCGAUGAACUGGCCGCCGUGGUUAGCAUGUCCAGAGACGAAACGCGCUCGUGGGCCGAAUGCGAGAUCGACAAAGCGAACCGUGUGGCCGACGAGGCGCGUCGAAUCAUUGAAGAUAGUCAACUGCGGAUGAAGAGACUUUGCGUGGUCCUCAAUUCCACGACUAGCAUCAACCAGCUCCCUGACGAGCUGCUUGUCGAGAUCCUCCGCUACGUCCACCCCGGGACGUCCAAUCUCGACUUGAAGCAGUUGAUCAGAGCGACACAUGUAUGCCAACGAUGGCGCGUCAUUGCCCUGAACGCUCCGCUUCUAUGGGCUGCCAUCAGGUUCGAUAUACAUCACCGUACCCGGCGUAUCGACGCGGCAGAGAUGUGCAUGCAACGCUCCCGAGAUGCCUUGCUGCAUGUCAACAUCGAUCAAGAUGCUUUCAAUUUGGCGAUGCGACUCCUGUAUGCUGAAGACCACCGGAUAGCUUCUCUACGCCUCGAAUCCCGAACAGGAAAAUACGAGCUGUCGCGGAUUGCGCCUAGGUUGAACUCGAUGACGAUUUUGGAUACGCUGGAAAUGACGAUUCGUUCAUUCAGGAGUGAGGUCGGCUUGUAUCUACCUUCGCAGUGUUCCCAACUUCGGAGGAUCUGGAUGGAGAACGUUCGCUUGCGUGUGAGCACUCCUCUCACCAGUCUAAACCGUCUCGAGCUUUCGACUCCGGUGGAAGACCUUGCAGGAUGGCUCUCCCUCAUGAAGAACUGUCCAAAUCUCGAAUUCCUUUCCCUGGAGCAGACGCGUCUUUCGCUGCAGCCGCCUGCAUUCGAACCUGAAGACAGUUCGGAUGAGGGGAGGGUACAUCGACGCCAGGUUAUGUGUAAUCUGCGCACUCUCAAGCUGCGGCUCGACCUCGACUGCAUGUCCGUCAUCUUCCAACGAAUGGUGUUUCCUCAGACGACGCGCAUCACAUUGACUGUGAACUCCGUUUCCCGAAUACCAUCGGUGGUGGCAUCCACCAUUGCGGUAGUCAGACAGAUGUCUACUUUUGACACUCUCGUCUCGUCUACCCAAUCCAUGCAUGUUAUGGGGAUGCUAGACAUCAAAUUAUAUGCUUGGUCGACACCGGAUGGCUCAGGCGAGCCUCUGUUGCGGCUCACAGUCCCAAAUCUGCCAACGCGCCCGGGGCAGACGGCUCUGGCCAUGCGUCAAAUUACGGAGCCAUUGGCAUCGUCACCCCUCACUUUCCUGUCCCUCGAUCCUACCUGGAACGAUGGACUGGAUGCACCUACUUAUCUAGAAUUGCUCUGCCGAUAUCCUCUUCUGCAGGAGCUCCGAGUGAUCCACGAAUACAGCGUCUUCCCAGUUCUGGCUGCUCUCCGGGGAACCGUCGCGACCUCAGGUGGUGUGGUAUGCGUGGAGCUCAAGAUUCUCCGCAUCGUCCCGUUGGACCUUGUCGAGACCGCCAAGGAGGUCCUCGACCUCCUGCAAUACAGGAGUAUGCGGGGUUCGCGACUGAGGGAAUUGCACUUUAUCGGCUCUCAUGAGUCCAUUGUGGAUGCCGCUGUCAAGGAGCAGUUGAGGGGUCUUGUAGACGUGUUCGGUUUUUCUGACGGCGGGAACUCCCUGUUUUAUUGGCAGUUGUACCACCACUUUGCGCCAUGCAAGCUACCAUUCGCUGGGGCCGAACAAUCCAAGCGGGCGCUGUUUGAGUAG